AUGACUUUAAUAGAUUGUUUAAAACAUUUAAAUGGAUUGGAUAUCUAUCAACAAAAUGAAAUACAUAACUUUGUAACUUCAGCAGGUCAGAAACACUUUCUCAAUCAAACCGGAAAUGAAUUAAUGUCAACUAGAAUUAACUUUUUAAGAUUCUUGAAGUUCAUUUUUUUCCACGAGUGUGAUUAA